GCAUUAUAUAACCUAUGCCUCCUUCAAGCCAAUGCAGUAUUACAGUGCUGGCUGAGCACUUCGGAUCAUAGAGGAGGAAUCCCAUCAACAAAAGCGAGAGAAGCACAGAAAAAUGAUAACUCGCCAAUUAAAAGAAAUUGCAAUAAAAGAGGUGCAGCUACAUGACACAUACAAUGAUAUAUGGAUAAUACUCUUCAAUAGGGUCUAUGAUGUUACAGCAUUUUUACAUGAGCAUCCUGGUGGUUACGAGGUUUUAUUAGAAUAUGCUGGUAGAGAUGCUUCUCUCGCAUUUUUAGGAGCUGGUCAUGACUCUGUGCCAAUGGCAUCUCUGCAAAAUUAUCUUGUAGGUAUCCUACCAGAAUCGGAACAUCUAAACUUACCAUUUCCCGAUUGGAAUAACAGGCUAAAAGAAUUUGAAAGUUAAAUAAUAAAAUCAAACAAAAUGAUCUGUUUAAUAAGUGAGAAAAAUAUCAAGCGAGAAAAUGUGAAACUAUUUAUUUCUCAUUGAAGAAAAUGUUUACUAAGUGCAAUAAGAAUUUAGUUAAACCAAGUUUUAUUAGAA